AUGGUACUCACUCAAGAACAACUGGAACAGUUUGACCGAGACGGUUUUCUCAUUAUCCCCAACUUCUUCACCAAAGACAAGGCCAAGGAACUCAAAGAUCGUGCUGCUCAACUACUUGAAGACUUCAGCUUGGAAGGACAUCCACUAACACGAUUCUCGACUGGCACUGGCACUGAUAAAAAGCAUGUUGGCGAUGACUACUUCCUGAACUCGGGUGACAAGAUCCAUUUCUUCUUUGAAGAAGGUGCCUUUGAUGACAAUGGCCAAUUGAAGAUUCCCAAGGAGCGAGCGAUCAACAAGAUUGGACAUGGUAUCCACGAAUUGGAUCCCCACUUUCGGUCAAUCUCUCUCAAUGAAACAAUGUCAGAAAUGGUGCGAGAUUUGAAGUUCAAGGAUCCUCGAUUGCUUCAAUCCAUGGUCAUCUUUAAGCAACCUUACAUUGGUGGGCCAGUGCCAUCUCAUCAAGAUUCAUCCUUCCUUUACACGAAUCCUUUGUCAGCGACAGGUUUUUGGUUUGCAUUGGAAGAUUGCACAGAAGAAAAUGGAUGUUUAUGGUUCAUUCCUGGAUCACAUAAGGAGAAACCAAUUGAAAAACGAUUUGUGCGUGAUCCCAAUGGCAGUGGCACCACGUUCAUUGGCGAAGAAACGGUCCAUGUGGAUGAAUCGAGAUAUGUCAAAGGAGAAGUGGAAGCUGGUACCUUGGUGUUGAUCCAUGGCAGCGUUGUUCACAAGUCGGCUCCAAACUAUUCCAAAAAGUCCCGCUACAUCUAUACUUUCCACGUCAUUGAAGGUGAAGCUGAGUAUCCAAAGGAUAACUGGCUUCAACCCACCGAUACCGCACCCUUCACCAAGCUAUAG